UAUAACCAAAAUAAGGGGCUUAACGGCUAACCUGCUUAAUCCCGAGUUGAUAAUUGAGCUUAACUUGCACUGACCUUUUCAAGUAUAGAAAGACCUAAACCCAGAUUAUAAUUAGGAAAUAAGAUCUUCAAUGUUGAUAAUAUUUUAUGAACUUUGACCCAUUUUCUCGAGCCAAAUUCUGUCCGUCAAAAGAGAGAGAGAAAGAAGAGGGAAAAUGUGGUUCUUAAACAGAAAAGGGUCAUCAGGAUUUUCAGGAUACUCAACAGCUGAAGAAGUUACAGAGGGAAUUAAUGGCAAUGGUCUUACAGCCAUUGUCACAGGAGCAACAAGUGGCAUUGGAGCUGAAACAGCUCGUGUGCUUGCAUUACGUGGUGUUCAUGUCGUUAUGGGGGUGAGGAAUAUGGCUGCAGCCAGGGAGAUGAAAGAGAAAAUAAGUAGCGAUAUCCCAUCUGCAAAAGUUGAUGCUAUGGAGCUAGAUCUCAGCUCUAUGGCUUCUGUAAGGAAAUUUGCUUCAGAAUUUACGUCUUCAGGCCUUCCACUGAAUAUACUCAUUAAUAAUGCAGGCAUAAUGGCUACCCCUUUCAUGCUUUCCAAGGACAAGAUUGAGCUACAAUUUGCAAUCAACCAUUUAGGCCACUUUCUUCUAACAAAUUUAUUGCUCGAGACAAUGAAAAAGACUGUACAUGAGAGUAAUAGAGAAGGAAGGAUUGUGAAUGUAUCAUCACGACGUCACCAGCUAUCAUAUCCUGAAGGAAUUCGGUUUGGAAAAAUCAAUGAUCCCACAGGGUACAACAGUCUGUCUGCCUAUGGUCAAUCGAAGCUUGCAAAUGUUUUGCAUGCUAAUGAACUCGCAAGACAUUUAGAGGAAGACGGGGUGGAGAUAACAGCUAAUUCGGUUCACCCAGGAGUUGUUGACACUGAUAUAUUUCGCCAUCACAGCCUUUUUAGAGGUCUGGUUAAUCUUGUUGGUCGAUGUAUUGUCAAAAAUGUCCAACAGGGCGCAGCAACAAUGUGUUAUGUAGCAUUGCAUCCAAAUGUGCAAGGGAUUCGCGGCAAAUACUUUGUUGACUGUGAUAUAGCCAAAGCAAGCCCACAGAGUAACGAUGCUGAUUUAGCCAGAAAAUUGUGGGAAUUCAGCUCAGGUCUUGUCAAGUGAAUUCCUUUGCAGUAUUAUUUUCUUGUCCGAAGUGCCAGACUUGUAUAGCCAUAUUCAGCUCGAAAUUUGGUGCUUCAAAGGAGAGGGGAAUAGAGGGAGGAAAUUUUUGACAAAGAACUGUUAGGAAGGGAUUGAGCUUUGCUUUAAUUGAUUUGUAUAAAAUUCUGCUGUAUAAAUAAAAAUUGUAUCAAUAUCGAAUCGAAAAUAUCAAUCACCAUAUGAUUCAAUUACAGGGAUAUGUAUGAAUUAAA